CUCUCCCUUAGCCCCUUUCUUCCUUUUCUUCAUAGAGAAAAUGGGGACAAGGAACGAAAAAGCAGAAAAAUCCGACCAAACAGUUUGGUCCUUGGAAGAAGAAGACGUCUCAAGCCAUUCCAAGUCAUACACAUGUUCUUUCUGCAAAAGAGGGUUCUCCAAUGCUCAAGCUCUUGGAGGUCAUAUGAACGUCCACAGAAGAGAUAGGGCCAAGCUCAGGGAGUCUUCCGAAGAAAACCUACCUUCUUUGGAUACGGUAAAGACGAUGAACACGGAACUCGAUCGAGUUCAGGAUCGUUAUCGGAUUUCAGAGAUCAUAUUAGAAUCUAGUGAGAAGAAAAGUUGCAGCCCUAAAAGCCUUGUAAAGUUUCCGGCAGGGGAAGAGAUGGCGUUGAAGAGAAUUCGGGUUCCUCGUCUCGGAUAGAAUUGGAUCUUGAGCUCCGAUUAGGACCCGACUCCCGACCCUCUUGAGCUGAUUGCUUUUUGUUUUUCGGAGGAGAAAACUGUGAAAAUGGUAUUUACUAGUG